AUGUCGUACAAUUAUGGAGCUCCGCCUUAUGGGCGUCCUCCGGGAUUUGGAUCUUUCCCAGGCCAGACUGGUACGCCCCCUGGUAUGGGACCGCCCCCAGGAAUGGGUCCUCCUCCGGGCAUGUCUGCGCCAGGUACGGCUCCUCCUCCUGGUGUACAGCAAGCCAACAUUGCUCAGGGCACUCGACCGUCGGGACUUCCUGCGAGCUUCCAAGGCCCUCCCAAUAUGCCAAACAUUAACUUCUCUGCGCCCGUCAUUCGGUUGGGAACUGGACCCUCGAAACCUACUACACCAGCUAUGGGAGGAAGGAGAGACACGGAUCCUGUAUCUGCUGGUGCAAGACCUGGAUUGGGUGCUGAAAGGGGUAUGGAAGCUCAACGACAAGCGAUGAGAGAUAAUAUGAUGUCUCUGAUCCCGCCUACCAAAGAGGAGAUUGUUAGGACAAUUUUCGUUGGCGGCAUCACCGAAGGCACUGGUGGCGAUGAAGGAGUAGAGAGGAUUCUAUGCACAGCUGGCAGAUUACGACGGUGGGAUCGAGCGAUUGAUGCAAAUGGGAAGGAAUGCACAUUUGGAUUUGCACAAUACGAUGAUGCUGAAAGUCUAGCGGUCGCGGUAGAAGUUCUGAAGGAUGUUGAAAUACCACUCAAAAAGCAAGAGCCUAGCGACGGCGUGAAGAAAGAAGAUAAGGAAGACGUCAAAAUUGAAAAGGCCAAACUACUAGUUUUUGUGGACGACAAUUCAUACAACUAUCUUGAGAACUACAAAGCAAAUCGUGGGGACGAUCCGGCAGCCGAACAGUCGAGGUUAGAUGUUGCCCGGGCGAAUCUCAAAGGCGUUCUAUUCGAACUAUGUUAUCCCUCUAUGUUCAUCAAAGCAGAAGCUCAUGACGGCGACACUGAGAUGUUAGAUGCAGAUGGCAGUAGGGAUAAUGUGGAAGUUAUCAAUAUACCGUUAGCAGUCGACGAUGAGCUGGCUGAUAUUCCAGCCGAUAUGCGGGAAACAGUGGCCUUGGAAAUCACAGCUUUCAGAGAACGAAGUACGAGAAGAGAUAUGGAGCGUCUUAAGCGAGAAGAGGAGAUGGAAGCUUUGGAGAGACAACGAAAUGGUGCACCUCGAGCUUCACGGCUCGCUUCUCCCGGACCGACAAUUCCAAGCGGACCAGCGGCUGGUACGAACAAUAUCCCUCUGGGCCCCCGUGGUGUGUUAAAUGCUCCGUCUGGCCCUAAAUUACAGAGUGCGCAGAUGCCUCGUGAUUACCAAGCUGGGAUGAAAUUUGUUAAUGGCAGCGGUAUCAACGGUGCUGCAAGUGGUGACGUCUGGAUCAAUCGAGAUGAAGAAGACGACUCUGCCAGUGAUGAGGAAUUGGAACGACGGAAGACAGCGAAAAAGGAAGCUGAGCAAGGAAAGCAGUACCUUGACCAAGAACGUAGGUGGCUCAAUCGAGAAAAAGCACGUACUGCUGCUGUACAUCGAGAAAAGGAGCGUGAGGACGAGGAUGAAGGUAAGCUGAGUAUUGAGAGAGAGAAGAUGGGUCGGUUAUUGGAGAAAUGGGACGACGAAGUGGAGGCAUCUCGAAAAACAGAAGAGUAUUAUGCGGAUCGAAGUAUGUGGAUUCGAAAUCGUGCAGUCUUCAGAGCAAGAGAAGUUGCAGCGGAUGACAAAGAUCGUCAAGCAGAGCAGCGUGAAAGGCAACGAGAAACUGCCGAUAAAGAGCAAGCGCGUGGAAUGGCAGACUCAUUUCUUGAUCGACAGGCGGAGGAACUCGAAUCCCGUGCUGGCCGAGCACAACAACCGUUCAAGCUGUCACUUGGUGCUGCCGCGCAGAAAGCUCAAAAAGCUGCACCAUCUCGUAGAACAGUCGCUGAAGUCGAAGGUCUUCUUGAAGAUGAAGAAGAUGCCGACAAAAUUACCAAACGGACACUUAUUCCUAUCAAAUACGAUCCUUCAGCGGCAGCUGCAUCACUUACCCCUGAGGAACGUGAUGCCGCUGCUCGACAGCUGGCUGCGGAGAUUCCUACUGAUAAGGACGGGCUGUGGGCUUGGGAAGUCAAAUGGGAGUUUGUGGACGAUGCUGUUGUUGAGAAACUCACACCGUUCGUGGAGAGGAAGAUUAUGGAAUACUUGGGCGUUCAGGAGCAGUUACUCGUCGAGGUGGUUGAGGAGCACAUCAGGAAAAGGGCCAAGCCUCAGGAGCUGGUGGAAGAAUUGGCGGGCGCUUUGGAUGAGGAAGCUGAACCGCUGGUAAGAAGGUUGUGGCAACUCUACAUCCUCGUCACACUCCUCUUCGCGCUUCACGUCCUCGGACUACCUUUGCCUACGUCCUCUCUCCACAGUAGAGAAAUCGACGUUAGUAUCGAGGCGAGAGAUGUUCUUGAUAUAAGGGGCGGCGUUGAUAGUGGUGGGACGGGCAAGAGGGGGGGUGUUGGUAAUGGGGGGACUGGGACUAGUGGAGGUGGUGUCGAUAGUGGCGGGACGUGGAAGGAGGUGGGGAGGGAGGUGUGGGUUGAUCAUGGGGAUUGA